ACUGUCAUGCUCCCUCAUGAUUGUUAUGCCUUGAUGCGUAUGGUCCAUGCAGGGGCACACAGUCAUCUGUUUGUGUGUGCAUGUGUGUGUGUAUUCCAGCUGUAACUGUUCCUUCUAUUAGCAGUAUACAAGCGUCAUAUCACCUUCUAGGUAAAGGGUCGUUGAAUAACAUUGUGUAACUAGCAUUGGUGAUCUUUACCAACUCACCAAACCAGCAAAGAAGAGAAGAGACCCUGAGCUGCAUGCUGGUGCAACUUACAGAGCUCUUGUGAAACUACUCCUAAGAAUGAGGAAAUAUGACAUUGCUAACCAAGUGUUCAAACAUUGCCAAGAGAAUGUGUUGUACAGUGCGUGAGGUGUAUGCCAAGUUCACCUCCAUGCCAUUGUCACUGAGGUGACGAGUACUGUCUCAAUACUAGCCCUUUAAAAUGUACACAUUUACAAUCUGGCCACUUUAAUUACAAGUGGUUGUUAACGUGAGCUAGUUUUGUAGUAGCUAAUAGCAGAUUUACUUCUGUUGGAGAGUCACAUUUCAUUUCUACCAUUUGCUCACUGUACAUGCAGGCGUAUAAGUCGGUUGUCAUUUGAAUAUUCCUUCUCUUAAUUAGAGUGUGUGAGGAGGAGGUCAAGGCGAGGAUGGGAUUGGUGGAGUGUGUCAACCACAACCUAGUGGAGCCCUACCAUCAUCUACGAGAAACACGGUGAGUAUGUUGCACAGAUGAAGUUCACUCUGCUGCUAAUGCCCAAUGGACCACAAAGGUAACGCUGGCUACAGUGUGCUGGUGAGCUGCAGUGAGAAGAUAGUCCAGUCACUCUCUGAGGACCCGAAGGCCUUGGCCCUCCACCUCCUGUCAGCUGGGCUCAUCACUGUGUCCAUUCUUGAGAAAACCAACGAGUAUGUGAAUGAGACCAAGAGAGAGAAGGCCACCAGACUGUACACUGCCCUGCUGGGUGUGGUCAAACACCACCCCCACAAGUACCACGAGUUUGUCUCCACUCUCAGACUCAACCCACUACACACUGACUUGGUCACACAAUUAGAUAGCAAGUACACGUAGUUUGUCUACACGUACGUACAUAUACAUAAUUUAUGAUUAUUACGAUUGUGCGUACCAUCAUUCUUUUUGUACUUGAGAUUGACCUUGAAUUUAUACAUGUACUCACUUAA